AUGAAUACAACUAGUAUUGGACUCAGGAGUGACUCUCAACACUCUUCUGUGAACCAGCUUCGUGAUGAUGGCAGCAGACUGGAUGAUCCUACCCCAUUAAGUGUGAGUUCUACUCCAGGCUCAAAUGACACCAAUAACGACAAACCAACAACCGAGGAAGCCAAAAACGUCCCAGUGGAGCUAACUGCUUAUGGCACAACACCUUCAGGGAAGCCACGUUUAUUCGUUUGUCAGAUUUGCACUCGUGCAUUUGCUAGAUUGGAACAUUUGAGGCGACAUCAGAGAUCACAUACAAAAGAAAAACCAUUCAGUUGUGGAGUUUGCCAGAGGAAAUUCAGUCGAAGAGACUUGUUACUACGUCAUGCACAGAAGUUGCACGCAGGUUGCACUGAUGCAAUUACCAGGCUCAGGCGUAAAUCGAUCAGACUGAAGGAGGAGGAUGGAGAUGACGAUGAUGGCUCGGGGUUGGGGUCAGUACCUCAAGAUGCCACAAAGGGGAAAGCUGAAGCAGUUGAAUUUAAUUUAAACUUGUUUGACUCAAGGGCCAAAACCACCAAGGCCAAAGUGCUGAAAGCAAAGCGCAACUCAACUGCCCAGCAGGCAAAAACUGCACCUGUAACAACAGUGACCCCUACUUCAUCUACACCAUCGUCAAGCAAUAUUACCCGCAAGAGCUCCAAUUCGGCAAGUCUAAAGAGACAAGUACUCGAACAUAAGAGACGUACUCCCGAUGUUGCAGGGUCCUCGUCGGGGAUUUCCAUAACGCCGACCAGAGCUCGAGGAACAUCCUUUUCCGCACAAUCUGGAGCAAACUAUGCAGUAAAUGUCCCCGAAUUCAAUGAUUCUUACCCACAAACAGACAACGUUGAAUUUUCAACGCCACAAUUUCUACCAUCGAGCGCCGCAGACGAAAUGAGCUGGUUAGAUAAUCUCGCCCAUAUUCCCGGCUUGUCUGACUCUUCCAACAUUGUCAAGAUGCAACGUACAAGCUCAAUAACGUCUGGAGUAAAUGGAUACCCCACCCCACCUGUCAAUGUAAGUCAUCAUGGAUCGUUUUCCAAUCCACAUUUCACACCAAUGGGUCGAAGCACAACAAUGGAAAGUGUCAAUAGUACAAACUCACAUUUUGAUGGAAGUUACAUGAUGCCAACUGUUACAUUGACGAGCCAAGAGAUCCAAAAUGGUGUAAAAGCGCGCCAACAACAACAACAUCAACAUCAACAUCAACAUCAACAUCAACAUCAGCAAGAAGCACAAAAGCAGGCACACCAACAACCACACGUUCAACUGCACCCUCAACAACAGCAGCAGCUUCAACCAGAUCAGAAUAGUCUCCCUCAUUCUGGUCAACUUGACAAGUACAUGGACGGGUCAGGCUACUCCUUUUACGAUAUCCCCGAUGAAUUGUUGGAUCAAGCCUUACAUAUGGAUCCAUCAUCGCAUAUUCGGGUAAUGACUCCAAUACUACAAGCACCUGAGGAGGAUCAUGCAGUUGAAACCCGCGAUGAGAACAUGAAUGCUGAAUGGAACUUUCUAAAUGAUCUAGAAGGAUUGACGCAUGAAAUCGACGUUGGAAGCAAGUUCAUGCCCGGUGGAUAUUCGUUUUAUGGGGAUCAAAUCUCUGCCGGCUCCUCAGGUGUCGAUGGCAGUUCGCCAAGUAACUUGAAAUCGCCACCUAGAGCAAACGGUAGCUCUCAACUGAAUGUUAUGAACCCGAUAAUGGAAAACACAAUUGAUCAACGUACCUUGCAGAAAAUGGAAAAUUCGUCAACUCCUCAAAGAGAGCAGCUCUUGGAUAAGUUACCCCGGGUGAGAUGGGGCAAUUUUUCAAGGAAUAAGAUGUUUACGCACCAUAUGCGUCAAUUAAUUAAUCGUGCAUUGGACAAGUAUCCAAUUAGUGGAAUCUCUACCCCAGUUAUCCCUUCCAACGAGAAAUUGGAAUCGUUCCUUUAUCGGUUUGUUGAAGAUUUCUUGUCACAUUUCCCAUUCAUACAUGUGUCCAAAUUGAAUGAGUACGAAGUUAUGAGCAUGGCUUCUGAUGAGGAUGAAUCUAAUGAAAGUGCUAGAGUAUGUUUGCCAUUGCUCGCUGCCACUAUUGGUGCAUUAUUGGCAAACAACAAGAAUGAAUCAGAACACUUGUAUGAAGCAUCCAGAAGAGCCAUCCACAUUUACCUUGAAAGCAGGAAAAAUCCAUUACAGGGCAAACCCAAUGAAGCCGCUACACGAAAUCCGCUUUGGCUUAUACAAUCACUUUCUUUGUCUGUCAUUUAUGGUUUGUUUUCCGAUAACCCCAACAAUGUGUUUAUCGUUAUGCGUCAGUUGAAUGCAUUGAACUCGCUUGUAAAGACGUCAAUAAAGACUCAAGAUCCAAUUUUGUUCUCGAUACACGGUGAGGAUAAGAUAAUUUAUGACAAGUUGCUAAGAAGCCAAGCUGAUGAAGUAUCAUUAUUCUCCAACACUUUGAGCGAUGAGUUGAAAUUCAAGAAUCUGAUCAAUUUGCAAUCGCAGACUCGGAUCGUUUACAUUAUUUAUCGAUUAACGAAUUUCCUUUCAAUGGUGUAUAAUGUUCCGCUCACCUUAUCGGCCAACGACUUGGACGGGUUGAUUGUGCCCAAUCGAAACGAUGAACAUUUGUGGAGUUUUAAAAAUUUCCAGGAUUUUCAAGAAAGUUGCUCCACGAAUGGGGAAACAUUGGCAAGGUAUUUUGAAACGAGCAAUAUAAAAUUCAAAGAUUUGUUACUCAAGAUCUCCAAGUCUGCAAAUCCAGCACCUGUAACUCCCAUCAGCGAUGAACUCGAACGGUCGAUUUCGCUCAGUCUUGAUGAAAUGGGUAAAUGUGGAUUUACCACGCUAGUGCAUGGAAUCUAUGAGAUUAAACAGUACAAAGAAAUGGAGGGCAUCGAUUCAUUUAAAGUCUUGGAUGAGAUUAGUGUACAUUACCCCCGUGAAGUUGACCAACGGAACUUGAAUAAGGAUUGCGAAAGAGUUGAUUACUUGUUGAUGAUGAAUUAUACAAAGAUUUGCACUACUUUGAAUAUCAAAUUCAUCAAGGAUCAAUUGUGGUUCAAGACGUAUCAAGAUUUAAUCAAUAAUUUUGAUUAUGUGUUUAAGAGUUUUCCAAGUAAAGGAGAUGAGGAUAUUGAUGAUGAUUAUUUGAAAGUUGCUGGAUGUUGUGUGCAAUUGGUCAAGUUGCUUUCGUUUCGUACUGUUGCUUGUGGAUCAAGUCAGCAGCCACAGCAACCUAAUCAAAGCUACAAUUCGGAAAUUCUUGGGCAAGCUCCAUUCAGUACUGACUUUGGGUAUUUGGACAACACGUCAAACUCGUUUGUUGAAGCUCACAGUUUUAUUCAUCAUCAUGGUGAAGGCGGAGAUCACAACAAUCCCACCCACGCACCUGUAUCGCAAGAGAUUCAAUUCACGCCACAAUUUGAACCCACAAAUGAUUUAGUCCAUGCACAAAUGUUAUUUCAUGUGUUCAACACCAUGGGAUUGUUUUCGAUAUAUGUAAUACGACGCAAGUCGUUACUUUACAAGCAAGGGUUGAUUCAUGAUGAUGUGCAAGUUGGGUCAAUGAAGCAAUUUUCCGACAAGUUACAUGUGAUGUUGUCCCUUGUUGAUCAACUUGAACAACAGUUGGUCCAGCGUGGGUACAAUAUCGAUAACACGCAUAAGAAAAGUUUAGAGUUUAGUGGUAAUGCAGGCAUUACUAAUCCACCACCAGCACCGCCCUUAUCAUCAUCAUCAACCACCAGUGCUAGUCCCCGCGUGAAAUUGGAACAUGGCUGGUCACCCACAUCGUACUUGAUCAAUGAAGGAUCGCCUUUGGCAUCUAGUGCCGGUGCUGGUGCUGGUGCUGGUGCUGGUGCUGGUGCUGGUGCUGGUACUCCAGAGAAUUUGGAUCUCGAUUUACGACAAACAACAUUGCGGAUCUUUAGCAUUGGUGAAGCGACACUAACCUAUUUGUUUGAACAUCAAUUGCGGAUCUCCAUUUUGAAAAUUUUGGCUACUAAUUUACUGAUGAUGAAACAAUACGUGGUUGAAAAUAAAGAUAAAUUUGUAGAGUGA